UGGAACUAGGUAGCGAACAGAAAGAGAAGCGAGAACCAGCCUGGCAGUAGCAAGUGCCAAAGCUUUGGCAGAAAGUAGAACUUUGGAAAUUUCGAUUGUUUACGAGCACUACCUCUCCAUUUAGUGUUUUUUUCUUUGAUGGUAGUUUUUUUUUUUCGAGGAAAAAUAGCACACUAAAAGGCGGUUGAAUGUAUAGCAUGAUGGAAACCGAGAUAAAAAGCCCGCUUCCGCAGUCCAAUACGGGCUCGGGCGGUAACGGCGGAAAGAACAGCAGUUCGAACGACCAGGACCGGGUGAAGCGGCCCAUGAACGCCUUCAUGGUGUGGUCCCGGGGCCAGCGGAGAAAGAUGGCACAGGAGAAUCCGAAGAUGCACAAUUCUGAGAUCAGCAAGCGUCUGGGGGCUGACUGGAAACUGUUGACCGAUGCAGAGAAGCGGCCCUUCAUUGACGAAGCAAAGCGUCUGCGAGCCAUGCACAUGAAGGAGCACCCGGAUUAUAAAUACCGACCUCGCAGGAAGACCAAGACCCUGCUAAAGAAGGACAAGUACUCCUUGCCCGGAGGGCUCCUGGCGCCUGGCACUAACACCGUCAACAACGCUGUCUCCGUUGGGCAGAGGAUGGAUAGUUACGCACACAUGAACGGGUGGACAAACAGCGCCUAUUCCCUCAUGCAGGACCAGCUGGGUUACCCCCAGCACCCCAGCAUGAACAGCCCGCAAAUCCAGCAAAUGCACCGAUACGAGAUGGCCGGGCUCCAGUACCCCAUGAUGUCCACCGCUCAGACCUACAUGAACGCAGCCUCCACUUACAGCAUGUCUCCGGCGUACACACAGCAGACGACCAGCGCGAUGGGUUUGGGUUCUAUGGCUUCCGUGUGUAAAACCGAACCAAGUUCCCCACCUCCGGCCAUCACUUCUCACUCCCAAAGAGCGUGUUUGGGGGACCUGAGGGAUAUGAUAAGCAUGUACCUUCCUCCCGGGGGAGACGGAGCGGAUCACUCCACUCUGCAGACCAGUCGGUUACACAGCGUUCAUCAACACUAUCAAAGCGCCGGGACUGGCGUGAACGGAACGCUACCCCUCACUCACAUUUGAAAAGACUUAACUGAUAAGUACUUCGGAUACUUGAACACUGAUCUCUGAAAUUUUAACGUGAUUCAGAGGUUUUUCGCAUUGCUUUUUUUUUUUUUUUUAAGAAAUGCAUUUUUUUCCCAUCUCAUACUGAGUUGUCCGUUUUAAAGCGUUUUUAAGAGGACAUAUCCUGGACCAGGACUCAUUUAUAUAGAAGAGCCUUUUAUCAUGAGCAUAUAAGCAAAGGACUUCUGUAGAAAAAUUGACUCUUGCCAUUUAAUUUCUCACAUGAAAAAAGGUGUCGCUCCAGAAAGACUUGUCAGCGAAGAGGGAAAGUACACUUUCACAAGUCAAUGUUUACACUUAAAUUGUAGUGUCAAGGUUUGUGCCGGCUAUGUCCAAUUUGUGUACAGUUUUUCUUUUUUUAUUUUCAUGAACUUUAGGUUUUUGAGACUGUGCGGGUCGCAAGCGCAAGUUUAUUUAUAGUAAGCUGUGUAUUUUAUUUUACUUUAUUUACGAAGCUUGUGAGCCUCUGUACGUUUUGACAUGUUCCUUUUUGGUUUGUGAGUUUUUUCUGUGAUAUGUUUUGGCAGUAUCAGGUUAACUAAUAUGAU